CUGAGACCUGUCAAGAUGCUCUCACAGACCCAGCUUCUCUGGAUACUAGUGCUUUGGAUUCAGGACUCCUAUGGCCAAAUUGUUCUGACUCAGACUCCAGAAUCCCUGGCAGUGUCUCCUGGAGAGCGAGUCACCAUCAACUGCAAAGCCAGUACCAGCAUUAGCAACUACUUAGGCUGGUACCAACAGAAACCAGGACAAGCACCUAAGCUCCUUAUCUCUGAUUCUACCAACUGUGUCUCUGGGAUCCCAGCCCGGUUCAGUGGCAGUGGGUCUGGGACUGAUUUCACUCUCACAAUCAGCAGCGUUGAAGCUGAAGAUGCUGGAGAUUAUUACUGUCAUCAACGCCUCAGUUACCCUGUCACAGAAAAGGGGGGGGGAAAAGUUGAAUGUUCAAGUGGGCAGACUGUGGUAACUCUGACUCAGACUCCAGAAUCUCUAUCCGUGUCUGUGGGGGAAACAGUAACUAUCAAAUGCCAAGCCAGUUUUAGUAUUGCUACCUACAUAAGCUGGUACCAACAGAAAUCUGGGCAAUCUCCAAAGCUUCUUAUCUACAGCGCUAGUAGCCGCCCAUCUGGGAUCCCAGCCCGGUUCAGUGGCAGUGGGUCUGGCACCGAUUUCACUCUCACCAUCAGUGGAGUUGAAGCCGAUGAUGCUGGAGAUUAUUACUGUCAGCAGUCCACCUACAGCAUCCCCAACGCAGUGAUACAGACCAAUACAAAAGCCUUUGCAGUGUCUCUAGUGUGCAAGGCGGUUGGUUGCCUUUGUGUGAACAAAGCUUGCAAAGUUUCCUGUCAGCCACACAUGAAAGAGGAUGACUCCCCUUCUCAGCGCUUUCCAUGA